AUGAUGUCUUAUUCGCACUCGUCUCCGCUCCGCCCCUCUGCGCCGCACGCCCCGCACGCGCUCGACGCGCACCAGCGGAAAUCCCCCACCCCCCCGCCUCCCGCCGGUGCCACCCAUCCGCCCUUCCGCGGACCAGCGCCUGCACCUGGGCCUGCGCCGCACUCCCCGCUCUCCGCGCGCGGCCCUCUCUCCGCCCCUCCCAUCUCCCACCCGCAAUCACACCCCCCCAGCUCACACCCGCUACAAUCACACCCGCCGUUUCAACCCCCUCCUCCGCACUCCCCCCCGUCACGCUCCUUGCCCUCCCACCCCCCUCCCUCUCACCCUCCCCCAUCGCUUCCCCACCCUCUAUCCCACCCGCCACUGUCACACCCGCCACUGUCACACGCGCCACAGUCACACCCGUCACUAUCGCGCCCCACUCACCCCCCGCCCGGGUACAGACCUCCCCCGCAAGGCCCCCCUGGCACUGCCAAGCCCGCAGGGGGGGCAACUGGGGGAGCAGCAGGAGGGGCAGCAGCAGGGGGAAGGGGAGGGGUGGGUGCAGCGGGAGGGGCGUUAAUGGCAGAGGCAAGGCUCGUGGCGGGCGAUAGUGGACAAGGUGGUGGAGUGGAAAUGGAGGCAAGGCUCGUGGCGGGCGAUGAUGGACAAGGUGGUGGAGUGGAAAUGGAGGCAAGGCUCGUGGCGGGCGAUGAUGGACAAGGUGGUGGAGUGGAAAUGGAGCGGCAGGGCUCGUGGCGGGCAAUAGUGGACAAGGUGGUGGAGGGGUACAAGCUGGCGGGGCUGGCGCAGCAGCUGGCGUUACGCGGUUACCACGUGCUGGCGCUGAUGAAGCUGCGCAUGUACGGGGCAGCGGCAGAGGAGCUCACACUGCUGGGCAACCUUGAUUCGCCGCAGUACCGCUACGAGGCUCACCCUGGCAUGUACCCCGGGAGGAAAGGCUCCAUGCUACCCUUCGCCCUGCGCUGGCUCGCAGCAGAGCUGCCCCACCGCAUGGGAAAUCCUGCACUCACAUUGGAGCGACUUUGCGCUCUGCAGGCGUACUGCACAGCUAAGGUGUCCCACCGCAUGGGCAAUCCCGCAUUCUCAUUCGAGCGGCUGUGUGCUGUGAAGGGGUGGCAGGCAGUGCGGCACGCGCUCGUAUCCCACCACCUGGCGCAGCGAGACUACCCCACCGCGCUCCUCUGGCUGCAGCGGCUCCUGCGCUACGAGCCGAGCAACGCCGCCCUGCUCUCGCGGUACGGCCUCGUUCGGCUGCAGCUGGGGGACGUGGAGGGCGCGAGCGCUGCGUUCGGAUUGGUGGAGAAGAUGGUGGUGCAUCGCGAGGUGGAGAUGGAGAGUGAGGGGGGGAGUGGGGGAGGAGGGGAGGAGGGGGCGGGGGAGGGAGGAGGAGGAGGAGGAGGAGGAGGAGGAGAGACAGCAGGAAAUGCGAGUAACACAGCUGGAGCAGAAGCAGGAGCAGGAGCAGGAGCAACAGGAGCAGGAGGAGGAGGGAGCGAUGGGGGUGUGGGGGCAGGGGGGGUGACAGCAGCAAAUGUGGGGGAGAUGAAGCGGCUGGUGCGGCUGAACAAGGCUCUGGUGCACUUUGCUCGCAAGGAGCACGGGCAGGCACUGCAGCUGUUCACUGCGGUGACUAAAGAGGACCCUACCAACUCCAUUGCUGCGAAUAACAAGGCCCUCUGCCUGAUGUACGGCCGAGAUCUCGCGACGGCGGUGCGGGUGCUGGAGGACCAAUUGCAGGCGAGCCCGCUGACAGCUGUCGACGAGACAGUGGUGCUCAACCUGUGCUCCAUGUACGAACUGGCGGCGUCUGAUACGCUCAACGCCAAGAGCACGCUCAGCAACUGGCUCACGCGGCUCGCUCCUGACGACUUUGACUUUGCCUGCACUCGGCUGUAG